AUGCGAAAUAUAUGCCAUCCCACGUCCUAUAAUCCCGUCGAAUGGCGCAGCACAUACUCAAAUUUUGAAAAACGAGGAAAAUCAGCUUUACAAGCUGCUUUUUCUAUUAAACGUUUUCCAUUCGCAAUGCGAGCCACUUCACCGGAUAGAACAAUAUUUGAACAAAGUUAUUAUACACAUAAAAUUCCGACAGCAUCCAGCCAUAGUAUCUGUUUAUCAUUUGUUAAUGGUGUUGGUGUUAGUCUGAAGGAGAAUUACCUUUUUAAACGUUAUUGCUCGAAUAUUGAUAUAUGCAGAGGGCUACCAUUUUUGUUUCAUUCAACAAAAGCUCAACAAGAGAAAAGUUGGUUUGUUAUCAAAGAUACGUAUAUAGCAUAUUUGAAAUUAGAUACAUACGAUCUACGAUUUCCAAUAUUAGUAGAUCAUGAGUUUAACAUACAGACCGGUAUCAAUCAUACAUGGGCGUUGAAUAGUAUUAAGAUAAUCAAUUCACAAAAAAAGCUUAUCAUUAAAUGUAAAGACAUUCGUGAAAAAGACAUAUGGAAACAAAACUUAGAAAAGUUAAAAGAAAAUACAAUGAAAACCUUCAAUUCAGUAACGACAAGAUUUGGUUCGUUUGCACCCAUAAGAGAAAAUCAGUUAGCACAAUGGUUUGUAAAUGCAAAAGGAUAUAUGGAGUCAUUAGCGAAGGCAAUACUAAGUGCUAAAGAAGAAAUAUUCAUAGCAAAUUGGUGGUUGUCGCCAGAAUUGAUGCUUAUUAGACCAUCCAAUGAUGAAACAUAUCGAUUAGACAAUUUACUGGUAAAAAAAGCUGUAAGUACGUUUUUAUUGUUAUAAAAAGCUCUUAAGAGGAAAGGUCAACAAAGUGUGACUUUGAUCUUUCCAUGAAGCAUACUUAAUUGUGAUCACAAAUCUGGUAUCUAUUUAUUUCAACACGAUCUUUCAGAACCUUUGUGCAAAUUCAGUGGCUUUAGAAACUCAUCACGAUUUUUUUCGCUUAAAGAAAUGCUGAUAGCGUCACAUUGUACGGUAUAUCAAGUUACCUAUUUGCAAAAGUUUUGAGAACUAAUGAACAAGUUUUCAGUAAGUUGUGAAAAUUUCAGUUUUCUAUCCGACCAAAAUAAGGGCGAUUGUCAUAUUUUUCAUAAUGAAAAACGUAUUAUUCACCUUUGCGAAUAGGUGACUUGAUAUAUUGUACAACGUGACACCAUCAGAAUUUCUUUAAGGCGCCGCUAAUUCAAAAGAAUUGCAAGUUCUUAUUUUUCACUUAAAACUAUAUCAUUCGAUGCAAAAUUUCACGGUGAUUACGAAUAUCACCUUUUGAAUUGA